AUUUUAUGUUUUGUCCUUUUCAUAAGCAUGAAACUAAACUUGCAAAAUUAGCUGUUGUUACCAGAUCUGAAUGUUAAGUCAGCAUCUGUUUGAGAGACCUUCAACUUAUCAAGUAUUGCAGGUCUCUGAUUGUUUUGGAACCUCUUCUGAUACCUGUGGACUUAGUUCAAGGCCAGUUAUUUUUUUUUUUCUAAUAGGAUGAACAAAUGGUUAAUUGUUUGCUUUGGUCACUCAAAUGUAGGAUCUUACCUUAUAUAAGUCUAGCUGGAGUCUCUAUUCAGUGACAUCCUUACCUUUCUAAUCACAGACUCUCCUCCUCAGAAGUUUUGCAUUAGAUUUGCAAAAUGAUGACCAUAUCUUUGAUCUGGGGGAUUGUUGUAGCAGUGUGCUGUUGUUUAUGGCUUAUUCUUGGAAUGAGGAGAAGACAAAUGGGUGAACCACCUCUGGAGAAUGGGCUGAUUCCGUACCUGGGAUGUGCUCUGAAAUUUGGUGCCAAUCCUCUUGAGUUCCUGAGAGCAAAUCAAAGGAAACAUGGUCACGUUUUCACCUGCAGAUUGAUGGGAAAUUAUGUUCACUUCAUCACAAAUCCCUUGUCAUACCAGAAGGUGUUGUGCCAUGGAAAAUACUUGGAUUGGAAAAAGUUUCACUUCAGUACUUCUGCAAAGGCAUUUGGGCACAGAAGCAUUGACCCAAGUGAUGGAAAUACCACUGAUAAUAUAAAUAAAACUUUCAUCAAAACCCUGCAGGGCGAUGGCUUGAAUUCCCUCACAGAAGCCAUGAUGGAGAACCUCCAACUUGUCAUGCGACGUCCGCUGGUAUCUAAAUCAAAGAUGUCUGCCUGGGUGACGGAAGGGAUGUAUUCCUUCUGCUACCAAGUGAUGUUUGAAGCUGGGUAUUUAACUCUCUUUGGCAAAGAUCUUACAGGGCAAGAUGCACAAAAAGGACUCAUUCUGAAUAACCUUGACCACUUCAAGGAAUUUGACAAAAUCUUUCCGGCUCUGGUAGCAGGCCUCCCUAUUCAUGUGUUCAAGACCGCACAUCACGCUAGGGAAAAGCUGGCAGAGGGCUUGAGGCAUGAGAACCUCGGAAAGAGAGACCGUAUCUCAGAACUGGUCAGGUUUCUGAAUGACAUGCUUUCCACCUUAGACGACAUGGAUAAGGCUAAGACACACCUUGCUCUCCUCUGGGCGUCCCAAGCAAACACCAUUCCGGCGACUUUCUGGAGCUUAUUUCAAAUGAUUAGGAGCCCUGAAGCAAUGAAAGCUGCUACUGAAGAAGUGAAUAAAACACUAGAAAACGCUGGCCAGAAAAUCAGCUUUGACGGCAGUCCUAUUUGUUUGAAUCAAAUGCAACUGAAUGACAUGCCCGUGUUAGAUAGCAUCAUCAAGGAGUCUCUGAGGCUUUCCAGUGCCUCCCUGAACAUCCGGACUGCCAAAGAGGACUUCACUUUGCACCUCCAGGACAGUUCCUAUAACAUCCGCAAAGAUGACAUCAUAGCUCUUUACCCGCAGUUGAUGCAUUUCGAUCCAGAAAUCUACCCAGACCCUUUGACCUUUAAAUACGAUCGAUAUCUUGAUGAAAAUGGGAAGACAAAGACCACCUUCUAUAGUAAUGGAGUAAAGUUAAAGUAUUACUACAUGCCCUUUGGGUCAGGAGCAACAAUUUGUCCGGGAAGAAUAUUUGCUGUCCAGGAAAUCAAACAGUUUUUGAUUCUGAUGCUUUCCUAUUUUGAACUGGAGCUUGUGGACAGCCAGGUUAAAUGUCCCCCUUUGGACCAAUCCCGUGCAGGCUUGGGCGUUUUACCACCAUUAAAUGAUAUUGAGUUUAAAUAUAAAUUCAAACAUUUGUGAACAUAUGGUUGGAAGCAGAGGACAUGAGAUGAUGUUACCAGCCUGCAGAACACCAUCAUGGACAGUCGCCUUUGGCAAUGGUGGCACUGAGUCAGCGUGGUCCAGCUCCAUACUUGGAUGCUUGCUUCUGAAUCUAAACAUUUUGGUGGCAGUUUCCAGAUGCUAUCUCAGACUGUGCUAGUGAAAAACCCUUGUUUCUAGAAGCACAAUGAUAUGUUUUCAUUUGAAUAAGUCAGUGAAUGUUCAUCUAGCCAGGCACUGAAAUUAUUUUCAGAGGAAAAUGUCUUUUUUUUUUUUCCACAAUGAAGAUAUUCCAAUUGGCAAAAGGUUCUUAUCUUUUUUUUUUUCCUAAGGAAACAGCUUUAUUUUU